ACCAUUUUUUUCCCAACACAUCUCAAACUCUAUAUUUUGUUCAAUCUCUACAUCAAUUUUUUUCACUUGGGUAUCUCAAAACAUCAAGUUUUCUAACUUGGGUAUCUCUUAUUCAUCUAAACAAAAUUUUUUUUCAUUUGUCUAUCUCUUAUUUCAUCUAAAAAUAAGUUCUUUUCACUUGGCUAUAUCUUAUUUCAUCAAGAAAAAUCCAGAGAAAACCUCGCAAUUUCUCUUAUCAUACUUUAACAAUGGGGGAUGAGAAAAACAAGAAUCCAGUGAGCUCUGAGAAUGCGAGAAUUUCGGUUGAAGCAAAAAUUCUUCCUAAUUUUCUUCAAUCAAUUAGGCUCAAAUAUGUGAAACUUGGGUACCAUUAUUUAAUCAGCAAUGCUAUAUACCUGUUUUUAGUUCCUGUUUUGGGAGCUCUUUUAGUACAUGUUAUGACAAUUUCUGUUGAGGACUUAGUACAAUUAUGGGAUAAGUUAAAAUUCAAUCUUGUCACAGUAAUUUUAUGCUCAGCGUUAGUGGUUUUCUUGGGGACACUUUAUUUCAUGACAAGGCCUAGGAAAGUGUACUUAGUGGAUUUUUCAUGUUACAAACCUAAACCUGAUCUUAUGUGUACUAAGGAGCUUUUCAUGGAUAGAUCAAAACAAGCCAGGAGUUUCACCGAGGAGAAUUUGGCCUUCCAGAAAAAAAUAUUGGAGCGGUCAGGAUUAGGACAAAAGACGUAUUUCCCCGAGGCACUCGUAAGGGUCCCAGCGGAACCUAAUAUGGCCGAGGCGAGGAAGGAGGCUGAGCUGGUGAUGUUUGGUGCCAUCGACGAGCUAUUGGCGAAAACCGGGGUGAAGGCUAAGGAUAUCGGGAUACUUGUGGUGAAUUGUAGCUUGUUUAAUCCAACACCAUCACUUUCUGCUAUGAUUGUUAACCAUUACAAGCUGAGGGGAAAUGUUAUGAGCUAUAAUCUUGGUGGUAUGGGUUGUAGUGCUGGACUCAUUUCUAUUGACCUUGCCAAACAACUAUUGCAGGUGAAUCCUAAUUCAUAUGCACUUGUAGUGAGUAUGGAAAACAUAACACUCAAUUGGUACUUUGGCAACAAUAGAUCAAUGCUUGUCUCAAAUUGCAUAUUCAGGAUGGGUGGUGCUGCAAUUCUUCUGUCAAACAAAUCAUCAGACCGUCGUCGUUCCAAAUACCAACUCAUCCACACAGUACGUACACACAAGGGCGCGGAUGACAGGAGCUACGGUUGUGUGUUCCAAGAGGAGGAUGAUAAGAAGAAUGUCGGUGUUGCCCUAUCGAAGGACCUAAUGGCUGUUGCAGGGGAAGCACUAAAAACCAACAUCACGACUCUCGGGCCAUUAGUCCUUCCUAUGUCCGAGCAACUCCUUUUCUUCGUGACAUUAGUCGCGAGAAAAAUCUUCAAGAUGAAAAUCAAGCCUUAUAUACCCGACUUCAAGCUGGCGUUUGAGCAUUUCUGCAUACACGCUGGUGGAAGGGCCGUGCUGGAUGAGCUCGAGAAGAAUCUCGAGCUCAGCCAGUGGCACAUGGAGCCAUCAAGAAUGACGCUUUACAGGUUUGGAAACACAUCAAGUAGUUCAUUGUGGUAUGAAUUGGCUUAUACUGAAGCUAAAGGGAGGAUCAAGAAAGGAGACAGGACAUGGCAAAUUGCAUUUGGCUCUGGAUUUAAAUGUAACAGUGCCGUGUGGAGCGCUCUAAGGACGAUUAAUCCUGCUAAAGAGAAGAAUCCAUGGAUGGAUGAGGUUCAUGAAUUCCCAGUUGAAGUGCCCAGAAUUGUGACAAUUGGUGAUUCUUGAAUAUAAUUUUAACUUUCCACACCAGCAAAA